AAUCAUUACUUAGCUAUGUUGAAAUAAAUUCAAGUGGCAGACAGGAGCAAACAGCAGACAGAACGAAUCCACGAGAGUCAUGUUUCGACUUCUGCUGCUUUUGGGGUUUUUCAGCCUUGGUGUCUGUCUUCCUCGUCAGUAUCAGUUCAUUAAUGAGAAUAAGACCUGGUCUGAAGCACAGAGAUACUGCAGAGAGAAAUAUGUUGAUUUAGCCUCUAUUAAUAACACUGAAGAGGACUUGGCCCUUACAAACAUAAUAGACAUCAGGAACAGCAGGCGAACCUGGAUUGGACUGUAUGAUGAUCUGAACAGCUGGAAAUGGUCUCUGGAUGAUGAUUCUUUCUACAAGGAGGGAGAGAGAAGCUUUAGAAACUGGUAUAUAGAGAAGCCAGUUGGCUGGUAUCAAAUGAGUUUGUGUGUGUAUUUAUCUAAUUAUUAUAAAGCUUGGUGGGAGACAUCUUGUUCCACAAUGCUUCAUUUUAUUUGCUUUGAUGGCAGAGUGAAUGCCAGCGAAAGAUAUGUCCUGGUUUAUCAGAACAUGAACUGGACUGAAGCUCAGAGAUACUGCAGAGAGCAUCACACAGACCUGGCCAGCGUGAGGAAUGACAGAGAGAAUCAGAAGAUUAAAUCAAUGUUUAAUAAUACGUAUUAUUCAAGUCUUUGGAUCGGCCUGUACAGAACCAGAUCUUGGUCAGAUAAAAGCAACUCUUCAUUCAGCAACUGGAGUCCUGGACCACCAGAUGGUUAUAGACGGACUAAAACCUGUACUACUGUGUCAUUUAAAUAUAAUGAUUAUUAUUCCUAUUUUUUUCAUUAUUAUUAUGGGAAAUGGACAGAUGAAAAUUGUAGCCGUGCUUUUCCAUUCCUUUGUUACAGCACAAUGCCAUCAUUACCAUCUCAUCAGUAUCACUUUGUGAAUGAGAAUAAGACCUGGACUGAAGCACAGAGAUACUGCAGAGAGAAUUACACUGACCUGGCUACUAUUGAUAACAUGGAGGAAAUGAACACACUCCUUAACACUGUAAAUGGCAGCUACUCAGGUUUAGCCUGGAUUGGACUGUAUGGUGAUGAGGACAGUUGGAGAUGGUCUCUGGAUGAUGAUGCUUUCUACCAGGAGGGAGAGAGAGACUUCAGAGGAUGGUACCAUCAACCUGAUAACUAUUUUGGAAAAGAGAUGUGUGUUUAUAUUAGAUCUGAUGGAACCUGGUCUGAUGGAAACUGUUACAAUUAUUUUCAGUUUGUUUGCUCUGAUGGAUGGAAUGGAACAAAAAGUUUCAUACUAAUUAAUCAGCCCAUGUCAUGGACAAAAGCUCAGCAUUACUGCAGAAAGCAUUAUACUGACUUGGCCAGUGUGAGAAAUCCAACAGAUAAUCAAAGAAUCUUAAACCUUACAGCUGACACUGUGGCUUGGAUUGGUUUAUACAGGACCAGAGUCUGGUCAGACAAACAGGUAUCCACAUAUGAAAAUUGGAGACCAGCCACCUAUCAACAGCCAGACAAUGGUAUUAAUAAUCCCUGGGAAUACAGAAAUCAGCACUGCACUGCUGUCUCAUUCAGAGACUCAGGUCAUUGGACAGAUGAGGACUGCUUAUCCACCUUCCCUUUUAUCUGCUAUUACAAAUUCUGCACAGGAUCGUCAUGCACCUUCCAUCAGUAUCACUUUGUUAAUGAGAAAAAGACCUGGACUGAAGCACAGAGAUACUGCAGAGAGAAUUACACUGAUCUGGCAACCAUUAAUAACAUGGAGGAAAUGAACACACUCCUUAACACUGUAAAUGGAAUCUACUUAGGUUUAGCCUGGAUUGGACUGUAUGAUGAUCUGAACAGCUGGAAAUGGUCUCUGGAUGAUGAUGCUUUCUACAAUAAUAGAAAAAUAAACUUUAGUAAUUGGUAUAUAGAAAAGCCAAACUACAGGAAUGGAAACAAUUUAUGUGUAUGUUUUGGUUAUAAUGCUCUUUGGUGGGAGUAUCCAUGUUCUAUAACACUUCCAUUCAUUUGUUUUGAUGGCCGAGUGAAUGCCAGUGAGAGAUAUGUUCCAGUUUAUCAGCGUAUGAACUGGACUGAAGCUCAGAAAUACUGCAGAGAACAUUACACAGACCUGGCCAUUGUGAGGAAUGACACUGAGAACCAGAAGAUCAGAUUAUUAUUAGCUAAUGAUAAGGAUGAUAAUCAUUAUACUUCCGGUUAUUACUAUAAUAAUUAUUACGCUUUUUGGAUCGGCCUGUACAGAAACAGUUUAUGGUCAGAUCAAAGCAACUCUUCUUUUACCAACUGGAAACUCGGACAACCAGAUAAUUAUGGACAAACUGUAUCCUGUACUGCUGUGUCAUUUAAUGAAAGAUUUUUUUAUGGGCAAUGGGCAGACGAAAACUGUGGUCAAGCUUUUCCAUUCCUCUGUUACAGCACAAUGCUCUCAAACUCCUCUCGUCAGUAUCACUUUGUGAACGUGAAUAAGACCUGGAUUGAAGCACAGAGAUACUGCAGAGAGAAUUACACUGACCUGGCUACUAUUGAUAACAUGGAGGAAAUGAACACACUCCUUAACACAGUAAAUGGCAGCUACUCAGGUGUAGCCUGGAUUGGACUGUAUGAUGAUGAGGACAGUUGGAGAUGGUCUCUGGAUGAUGAUGCUUUCUACCAGGAGGGAGAGAGAGACUUCAGAGGAUGGGAACAUCAACCUGAUAACUAUAAUGGAAAUGAGAUGUGUGUUUCCAUGGGGAAUGGAGGGCGGUGGUUUGACAGACCUUGUACUGACAGAAGAUCAUUUGUUUGCUAUAAUGGUAUAAGCAACACAUAUGUAAUGAUUUAUAAUCAGAAGACUUGGAAAGAAGCUCAGAGCUUUUGCAGAGUGCAUUACACAGACCUGGCCACUAUGAGAAAUCAGACUGAACUUCAGCAAAUACUGAGAAUCAUGAACAGCUCUGAUGUAUGGAUAGGUUUGUAUAGAAACCGAUUAUGGUCAGAUCAGAGCAACUCAACCUUUACAUAUUGGACACCAUUGAGUCCAGAACCUACAGCAGAACCUGAUAAUGGUUUGUAUUCACUUGGACAAAUUGGAAAUCAACAUUGUACAGCUGUGGAUCAUCUUGGCCGAUGGACAGAUGAAAACUGUUUCGCCAGAUUCCCUUUUAUCUGCUACACUGGUGCUGUGAUGGGAUUGCGAAUGAAAGUCACUGCUAAUGAAAAUCUGUUAAACUCUCAGAUUAUAAGGCUGGUGCUGAUGGAAAAUAAAAUCAAGUGGCAGACAGAAGCAAACAGCAGAAAGCACAGAUCCAUGAGAGCCAUGUUUCGACUUCUGCUGCUUUUGGGGUUUUUCAGCCUUGGUGUCUGUCUUCCUCGUCAGUAUCAGUUCAUUAAUGAGAAUAAGACCUGGUCUGAAGCACAGAGAUACUGCAGAGAGAAUUAUGUUGAUUUAGCCUCUAUUAAUAACACUGUAGAGGACUUGGCCCUUACAAACAUAAUAGACAUCUGGAACAGCAGCCGAACCUGGAUUGGACUGUAUGAUGAUCUGAACAGCUGGAAAUGGUCUCUGGAUAAUGAUUCUUUCUACAAGGAGGGAGAGAGAAGCUUUAGAAAUUGGUAUAUACGGAAACCAAGAGGCUGGUAUGAAAUGCGUUUGUGUGUGUAUGUAUCUACUUAUGAUGGAGUUUGGUGGGAGACAUCUUGUUCCUUAAUGCUUUAUUUCAUUUGCUUUGAUGGCAGAGUGAAUGCCAGUGAAAGAUAUGUCCCGGUUUAUCAGAGAAUGGGCUGGACUGAAGCUCAGAGAUACUGCAAAGAGCACUACACAGACCUGGCUAGCGUGAGGAACGAGACUGAGAACCAGAAGAUUAGAUCAAUGUUUAAUAAUAUGUAUUAUUCAGGUUUUUGGAUCGGCCUGUACAGAACCAUGUCUUGGUCAGAUAAAAGCAACUCUUCAUUCAGCAACUGGAAACCGGGACAACCAGAUGGUUAUGGACAGACUAAAACCUGUAUUGCUGUGUCAUUUAAUUAUAAUGAUUAUUAUUCCUAUCAUUAUUAUUAUUAUUAUUAUGGGAAAUGGAUAGAUGAAAACUGUGAUGAUGCUUUUCCAUUCUUCUGUUACAGCACAAUGUCAUCAUUAACCUCUCGUCAGUAUCACUUUGUUAAUGAGAAUAAGACCUGGACUGAAGCACAGAGAUACUGCAGAGAGAAUUACACUGACCUGGCUACUAUUGAUAACAUGGAGGAAAUGAACACACUACUUAACACAGUAAAUGGCAGCUACUCAGGUUUAGCCUGGAUUGGACUGUAUGGUGAUGAGGACAGUUGGAGAUGGUCUCUGGAUGAUGAUACUUUCUACCAGGCGGGAGAGAGAGACUUCAGAGGAUGGUACCAUCAACCUGAUAACUAUAAUGGAAACGAGAUGUGUGUUUAUAUUACAUCCGAUGGGACCUGGUCUGAUGGAAACUGUUACAAUUAUUUUCAAUUUGUUUGCUCUGAUGGAUGGAAUGGAACAAAAAGUUUCACAUUGAUUAAUCAGCCCAUGUCUUGGAUACAGGCUCAGCAUUACUGUAGAGCAUAUUACACAGACCUGGCCAGUGUGAGGAACCAAGCAGAUAAUGAACAAAUCCUUAAUCUCACAGGUGGCUUUAACACUUGGAUUGGUCUAUACAGAACCAGACUCUGGUCAGACAAACGGGAAUAUAUGUAUGAAAACUGGAGACCAGCCACUCAGUUUAUACCUGAACAGCCAGAUAAUGGUGCAUAUGUUUAUUGGGAAUAUGGUUUUCAGCACUGCACUGCUGUAUCUCUCACAGAUUCAGGCUACUGGACAGAUGAGAGCUGCAUAAUCACAAUCCCUUUUUUCUGCUAUAAGAAAUCCUGCACAGCAUCCUCAUGUUCCCUCUAUGAGUAUCACUUUAUUAAUCAGAAUAAGACCUGGACUGAAGCACAGAGAUACUGCCGAGACAAAUACACUGACCUGGCCACCAUUAACAGUAUAGAAGAUGUGACGAGACUCCUUAAAACAGCCACAGCAUAUGACAUCUACUCAGGUUUAGCCUGGAUUGGACUGUAUGAUGAUCUAAAGACCUGGAAAUGGUCUCUGGGUGAUGAUUCUUUCUACAAGAAUGGAGAGAGAAACUUUAGAAACUGGUAUAUAAACAAACCAAGGAACUGGAAUGGGAACAGUUUUUGUGUAGUUUUUUCAAGUUACUCUACACAAUGGAGUGAGGAGUCUUGCUCUCAUACACUUCCAUUCAUUUGUUUUGAUGGUAGAGUGAAUGCCAGUGAAAGCUAUGUUUUGGUUAAACAGAACAUGAACUGGACUGAAGCUCAGAGCUACUGCAGAGAACAUUACACAGAUCUGGCCAGCGUGAGGAACGAGACUGAGAAUUACAGGAUCAGAUUAUUAUUAAGUCAAUCUGAUUAUAAUAAUAAUAAUUAUUAUUAUUAUUAUUAUUAUUAUUAUUAUUAUCCUAAUUAUUAUUAUUAUUAUCACCUUGUUUGGAUCGGCCUGUACCGUACCAGAUCUUGGUCAGAUCAAAGCAACUCUUCUUUCAGCAACUGGAAACCUGGACAACCAGAUAAUUAUGCACAGAAUGAAUCCUGUACUGCUGUGUCAUUUAAUGAUUCUGGGAAAUGGACUGAUGAAAAUUGUAGUAAAGGUUUUCCAUUCCUCUGUUACAGCACAAUGUCCUCAAACUUUUCUCAUCAGUAUCACUUUGUUAAUGAGAAUAAGACCUGGACUGAAGCACAGAGAUACUGCAGAGAGAAUUACACUGACCUGGCUACUAUUGAUAACAUGGAGGAAAUGAACACACUCCUUAACACAGUAAACGACAGCUACUCAGGUUUAGCCUGGAUUGGACUGUAUGAUGAUGUGGACAGCUGGAGAUGGUCUCUGGAUGAUGAUGCUUUCUACCAGGAGGGAGAGAGAGACUUCAGAGGAUGGUACCAUCAACCUGAUAACUAUAAUGGAAAAGAGCUUUGUGUUUCCAUGAACAACAAAGGGGAAUGGUUUGACAGGUCUUGUAAUGACAGAAUUCUAUUUGUUUGUUAUAAUGGUACAAACAUAUAUGUUCAGAUUUAUAACAGCAUGACCUGGGAAGAAGCUCAGAGAUUCUGCAGAGAAAAUUACAUAGACCUGGCCAGUGUGAGGAAUGAGAAUGAACUUCAGCAGAUACUGAGCAUCAUGUAUGGCUAUGAGAUAUGGAUAGGUCUGUAUAGGAACCGGUUAUGGUCAGAUCAGAGCAACUCAAACUUUACAUAUUGGAGACCAGCAUUUCCAGCACAAGGACCAGAACCUGAUAAUGGUUUGAAUGUAUUUGGUCAAUAUGGAAAUCAACACUGCACCGCUGUGGAUCAUUCAGGCCAAUGGACAGAUGAAAACUGUUUAGACCGCUUACCUUUCGUCUGCUACACUGAUUUCACUCCAGGUGCUGUUAUGGGAGUGCGACUAAAAACCAGAUCUAAUGACAAUCUCUUAUACACUGAGGUUGCAGGAUCUGUGCUGAUGGCACUUGAAGAACAAGUUAGCAAACUGGGACUUUCAAAGAACUGCACUGUGACCAUGAGACGCAUCCGUAAGAUCGAUCCAUGAAGGAGAAAGUCCACAUUCAUGCUCAGAUUAUAAAACAUAUGUUCCAGAUUUUGUGAUGAUUUAAUUUUUGUUUCAUUCAUUGAGCAAUCAUUUAAUCCAGAAGCAUUUAUAAAUGAUUUAGAGAUCUGUUCAUACAAAAUUACUCAUGACUGCAAAUCUCAUAUAAUCACGUAUAAAUGGUUUACAAUUAAUUGAAACAGUUUACUAUAACUGAUAUAUAUAUAUAGUUCUCAACAGCUUCCUGGAUUUGACAAAAUUAUAACAAUAAUAUUGAGUAUAAUAAGAAUAUACUAAAUAGUAAAUGGGUUUCAUUAAUAUUUUAUUUGGUGUUUUGGAAUUAAAUACUGUUUAUAUUAUUUUUAAUUUUUUAUAAAGAGUAAAAUUAAAUUCUACUCUUUAUAAUGGGAUUAAAUACGGUUUUUCCUUAAAUGAAUUUUAACAAAUAAAAUACUAGUUAUUUGUGGUUGCUGUGAUAGAAAAUGUUGAUGUUACAAUUUUAGAUUUGAUCCAGUCGUUUCUUUAUGAGUUGCCUGUAAGUUUUAGGGAUACUGUGGGAUCUUUACAUUCUAUUUGCUAUUAAGAGAUUAAUCAUGAGAUUAAAAUGAAAAUUCUUACCCAUA